AUGACAAUCGCAGAAGAGUUCAAGUCAAGGAAUUUCAGUAUUUAUGGGCAGUGGUUAGUAAAGCAAAUUUCAGCAGCCUUUGUCGCUUGUUCGAAACUGGAUAUAGUUGUUUGGCUAUGUUAUAUGCGUAUCGUGAUUAUCCUAAAGAAAUUGGCAAUUGGAGCAGGUGGUCGACUUUGGGACAGACCUCAGUGGAUGAGUGGUCUAUCGACCGGUGUUCUAUGCAUACUCCUAUGUUUUGCUCUGGGAAUUGCGAAUAUCUUCCACAUCAGAGUGAUAGCUUUUAGUAUAGUUUGCUUAGCAUCAUCAUUCCUUCUCAUCUUCGUGGAAAUCCCUCUCCUACUACGAAUUUGCCCGACGUCGUCUAAAUUCGAUGCAUUUGUCCGACGUUUCACGACAAACUAUAUGCGCGCUCUGAUGUACCUCAUCCUCAGUGUUAUUCAAUGGUUGAGCAUUAUUGUCGAUCCAACCAGUCUUAUUGCCGCCGCCAUCUUUCUCUUAUUAGCAGGCGUUUUCUACCUACUGGCCGGCCUUACAAACCAAGAAUUCAUGAGUAGCAAGACACUAGGUGGCCAAGGUGUUGCGCAGAUGAUUAUUUAG